AUGUCGCCGCAGCAGACGAAGGCCGCGCCCGCAGGCUCGAAGCCAUGCGGCGCGCGCCGCUCGGGGGGAGGCGUUUAUGAGACUUCUGGGAAGAAGCAAGCCUCGAUUCUCUCCUUCUUCUCCCGCCAGCCGACUCCAAGCUCUGCAGACGCUGCUUCUAAGGGCGCCGCGCGUCGCGCGUCUUCGCCACAGGAGCAGGAUGACGCGCCGGCGGCGGCAAGCGUACCCGUGUCGUCCUCCGCGCUGCCCUCAGAUGCAGGGGCGCAGCCAGGCAAGAAGGGCAGCGGCGCCGCCCAGAAGUCCGCGAGACGCUUCAGCGAGGGCUUUGCUGGCAAGAGGCAGGACGCCGACGACGCGGAGGCGGCAACCCCCGACAGAGCCGCGCACGCGACCCCCAAGGAGAGCGACGCUUCUCAGGAAAACGAAGAGAAAAAGCGACAGAGAGUUGCCCCGGAAAAAGCGAAUGGAGCCACAAAGCCCUGCGAGGACGACGACCCUCCAAGCGAAGACGUGCGCAAGUUUAAGAGAAUCCGAAAGGGCGUGAGGCUGAGUGAUGACGAAGAGAAAGUGCAGACGCCCGCUUCGGUUCGGCGAAAGCGACAGGAGGAAGCGAAGCGGAAGAAGGGAGCUGAGGAAAGUAAAGCGAAGAAGGGCGCGAAAACAGAGGCCGAGGAGGAGGAGGACAGCGAAGAAGAAGAGGACGAAGAAGAGUUCGAGGCUUCCUCGAUGAGUGAUAGCAGCUUCGAGAACGAAAGCGAGGAGGACGACGACAGCGACGACGACGAUGAAGAGGAAGAAGAGGAGGAAGACGAGGAAGAAGACGAGGAAGAAGAGAGAAGGAGGCGGCGGAAAUCUGCGCCGAAAAAGAAGGGCAAAGAGAGCGAGAGCGAGCCUCCGUCUUCCGUAAAGGCCAAGGCACCUUCGUCCGCGUCUCCUUCGCCGUCUACGCCGUCUCCGUCCUCAGGGACGAAGCUGAAAGAUCUGCUUUACUCUUCGUCUGCGACGUGCUCGCCCCCGCCAGCGAGGGCCUCGGAGUCGAGGCCCGUCAGUUCGCCGGCUGGGGCGGCAGCGAAACCUACGGGGUCGACGUUGUCCUUCGCGGCGGCGAAGGAGCAGCUCGACGAGUCUGAGCUUCGGCGGCGGCUUCUGGCCUCACCGGCGGCACAGAACUGUCACUAUUUUCGUCACUUCGUGGAGGACUACUACACCUACCAUCGGCAGUUCAGCUUCCCGCCGUGGUCAGAUCCCGCACGCAUGCGCGACCUCGCAGGGCGGAAGGCGAUCGACUGCGACGCCGCCUACGACUUCUCGACGCUGUGGAUCCCCGCACCGGACUCGCAGAUGGCGCGCACACACGCGCGGCCGCACAUGACUCCCGGAAUGGCGCAGUAUUGGGAGAUCAAGAAGCAGCACUUCGACAAGCUGAUUCUGUUCAAAAUCGGCAAGUUCUACGAGCUCGUCUACGGCGACGCGUGCGCGGCGCACCGUAUUCUCGACCUGAAAUGGAUGGGCGGCGGCGGGAACGAUGCAAAGCCACACUGCGGCUUCCCUGAACAGAAUCUCCAUGUGCAGGCUCGACAGCUGAUUCAGGCCGGCUACAAAGUCGUCGUCGUGGAGCAGAUGGAGACGCCGAAGGAACUCGAAAAACGCAACAGCCAGGCGGGCGUCGGCGCGAAGGACAAAGCCGUGCGACGCGAAGUCUGCGAGGUCUACUCGGCAGGCACCGUACGACACGCUGACAUGCUCAACAGCGAGGCGCGGUAUUUGCUCGUUCUCUUCUUCGGCGACGAAGAAGACGACGACACGCAGACGCCGUCGGGCUGCGGAGGCGACAGACCGGGCGACAGCUCUGUCGCGAAGGGCGAGGAGAACGGGUGCGACGAGGCGGAGGGCCUCGACGAGGCGAUGGGCGUUGCGGCGGCGGCGGAGAAGGCGCGGGUGAAGCGCCUUUCAGGGUUGGCGGAGGCGGCUGCGGUGAAGGAGGAAGGGGGCGCUGCGCGGGCAGGGUCGCGGGAGGGGGCGAAGAGCGUGCUGAAGCCGGGAUUUUCCGCGUGCCUCGUGGACGUCUCGACGUGCCGCGUGGCGCUGCUGCACAUGGCGGACGACCCGGGGGCGUGGCCUGCGCUGCGGCUGCUUCUCGCGCAGACGCUGCCGGUGGAAGUCGUGUACUCGCCAGUCAACAUCCCUGCCUCAGUGCUCAAGCUGCUCAAGUACCUGCCGUCCGCGCCGCAGCUCUCGCCGCUGACUGCGUUUCCUGACCUCCUCGCUGCUCACGCAGAGGUGGACAAGUACGUCGCGUCGCGGCUGCAGAGCCUGCCGAAGGCAGAGCCUGGGGGUGCUUCGCACUCCGAGCGCGCGUCGCUGGAGCUCUGCAUGCGCCUCUGCGAGCGCUGGCCGUCGCUGCACUGCGCGCUGGGCGGCCUCUGCGUGUAUCUCCGCGGGUGUCGCCUGGACGCGUCGGUGCUCUCCAUUUGCCAGUUCGAGGUCUUCCGCCCGCGCGACGCGUCGCUGCUUGUGCUGGACGCCAACGCGCUCAGACAGCUCGAGGUGCUGCAGACGCAGGAAGGCAGCGCGAAGAACUCUCUCUUCAGCCACCUCAACCGAACUGUGACGCCCUUCGGCUGCCGCCUGCUGCGUCGUUGGGUCGUCGCGCCGCUGCGCAACGCGCGGGAGCUGCGUCGCCGCUUGGACGCCGUGGAGUGGCUCUUCAGCCACCCGGAGGCCGUUGACGUCGUCCGCAAGGCGCUGCGUGCAUGUCCCGAUGUCGAGAGGCUCUCAGCCAAGAUCUGCGCGCAGGGGCUCCAGGGCGAGCGCAAGGCGGUCUACUUCGACCAGUUCCACCAGAAACUCCUCAACGAGUUCCUCGCCCUCCUCGACGCCUUUCUCGCCGUCGAACGCCUCGUGGACAGCCUCAGACGCAUGCUCGGGCAAGACGAGGAGGGUGCGACGCGGGUCAAGGCGGAGGUCAAGGCGGACGCAGGCGACCCUGGGAAGAGCCAGCUGGUGGCGGCGGCGGCCGACGCGACGACGCAGACGCCGGGGCGACUCGUGGAGCUCUGCGCAGACAGGGAGCAUGGAGGAUCCUUUCCCGUCCUCGCGCCACUCGUCGCCAGCCUCAAGAGCAAAAUCGCCACAGACGCCGACGGCGCUAAAAUUCCCGCAAAGGGCGUUCUGGCGGCCUACGACGAGACUGAGAAGGAAAUGCAGGAAGUCCAGCAGAAACUAGCCAAGUGCCUCGAGGAUCUGAAGGCCGCCUGGAAGAUGCGCAGUCUGGCCUUCGUCCACAGCAAAUUUAAGUACGAAGUGGAGUGCCCAGACACCGUGUCCAAACAGCUGCUGCGGGACUACGAGUGCGACAUCACCUCCUCCAGAAAGGGAUUCUACAGGAUCCGAACGCCAGAGAUCUGCGACCUGGUGGCAGAGUUGGAAGAUCUGGAGCAGAAGCAGAAGGACGCGUUUUAUCCGUUUUUUUCGGUUCUCUUCAACGAGUUCUACGCGAAUUUCGCACAUGCGUUCGGACGCGCCAUUCAAAUCGCCGCCGAACUCGACUGCCUCCAGUCGCUCGCCUCCGUCGUCAGCCACCAUGCAGGCGGCAGCGGCCAAAUGUGCAGGCCGAUUAUCCUCGACGCGCGCAACGACCAGCCGCCGGUUCUCUCCCUGAAGAACUGCAGGCACCCCGUGGCGGAGACGCUGAUGGACAACUUCGUGCCGAACGACAUUUACCUGAACUGCGGCUCUCACGUCGACAAGCGGACGCUGCUGCUGACGGGACCCAACAUGGGCGGCAAGAGCACGCUGCUGCGGCAGACGGCGCUCUGCGUCAUCAUGGCACAAAUCGGCUGCUUUGUGCCAGCUGACAGCUGCACCCUGACGCCCGUAGACCGCAUUUUCACUCGGCUGGGCGCAGAAGAUUUCAUUCUUCAGGGCGCCAGCACCUUCCUCGUCGAGCUUAAGGACGUCGCAGACCUCAUGACUUACGGCACUCAGCACUCGCUCGCGGUGAUUGAUGAGCUGGGAAGAGGCACUUCGACGUUCGACGGAACGGCCAUCGCGCUGGCGUCGCUGGAGCACAUCACCGACAAGCUGCAGUGUCGCUGCUUGUUCGCGACGCAUUACCACCUGCUGUGCUACGAGAUGCAAAGUCACCCCCACGUGGUGAACGUGCACAUGAAGGCGGCGAUCGACGAGGAACAUCACUCCCUCGCCUUCCUGUACAAACUGGCCAAGGGCAUUUGCCCCAAGUCCCACGGCAUCCACGUCGCCCGCCUCGCCGGCAUCGAACCGGCGAUUCUCGCGUGUGCCGAGGAGAAGUCCCUGAGCCUUCAGCAGGAAAUCGUGCGACAGCAGCGGCAGUGGCGUCUCUUAGGCGUGGCGAAGAAGCUCGCAGGAGCAGACGCGGAGGAGCUGCGGCGCCUCUUUUCCGAGCGCCGGGAGUCCAUCCUGGAGGAUCUUGCUGAAGAAGAGAAAGCUCGCCGGGAAGACGAGAGGGCCCUACAUGCCGAGAAUGCAGCGGAAAAGGACGUGGACAUGGAGGGCUAG